AUGUCUUCUCCUGGUCCAUCUUUACCGUCUAGGAUAUUUGUUGAUAAAGAACUCUCGCUAGUAUACGAUCCCCAGUACUUCUACCCAGUGCAUCCGAGAGAGGUUUUCGCAGGCCACUAUUCAACCCUAAUCAAGGUUUGCUGGGGUAUAUCGCUUAUCGAAGAGCCAGAGACCAUUGUGGAGCUGGAGAUUGCCAAUUCCAAUGCAAGCUCUAUUGGUCAUAAGCACAAGGUCGAACAACACAUUUCUAUAGCAAAUCCCUUACAUCUAGACCGCUCACUUAUCCAAAUAUUCCUAGACUCUUUUAGAGUUAAAGGCUUAUUAGGUCAGUAUGUAUUUGUACCUUAUAUACCUACCUAUAAAAGAACUAUUAUCGAUAUAUCAGUGGCACUUCAAGGACAGAAAAAUGCCCCUGUAAGAUAUCUUUCGGCCUCAACUAUCAUUAGUAAUACUAAGCCAAGCGACUACCUAGAUUUAAAGCUUGAGAAUAUUAUGGUCUUAUUUAAGGAUUUAACUUCACUUACUGAUUUUAUGGAUGUUCAGGCCAUUGAAAAGCCUAAGAAGUAUAACACAGCUUGUCGACUUUGGCUUAGUAACUAG